AUGGAGAAAUCAGUCCAGACGUUUGUAAAUGAAGCACCACCAAAUCAUCUCCACUCUUCUACCAACACCAACAACAAUGGCGGUUGGAUUUCAUUUCCCUUCAUCAUAGGGAGUAUGGCAGGAUUAUCAUUGGCAGCAGCAGGAUGGAAUAACAACUUAAUAGUGUAUUUGAUAGAAGAAUUCAAUAUGAAUAGUGUGAGUGCUGCUAAAGUGUACAACAUGGCUAAUGGGUGCAGCACUAUUUUUCCUAUUUUGGGGGCUGUCGUCGCUGAUUCUUUUCUCGGCUGUUUCUCCGUCAUAUGGAUUUCUUCUUUCAUCUCUUUGCUGGGAGUGUUGCUUCUCACCUUCACAGCAGUCAUUGACACAUUGAGACCUCCAAAAUGCUUUGAUGGUUCAAAUGAGUGCAGAAAUGCAUCAACAUUCCAUCUUACAAUCUUAUAUGCAGCUUUAGCUCUAGCAUAUUUGGGAAACGGAGGAACACGUUUCACCAUUGGAUCAAUGGGAGCGAAUCAAUUUCAUAAGCCAAAUCAUCAAGCGAUUUUCUUCAAUUGGUAUACUUUUGCGCUCUACACAUCUAAUGUCAUUGGUAGCACAGUCCUUUUGUAUAUUGAGGACAACGUUAGUUGGGUACUUGGGUUCGCCAUCUGUGUCGCCUUCAACAUACUUGGCUUGGCUAUUUUCUUGUCUGGACGCUCUUUCUAUCGCCAUAUUGAGGCACAACAAGAAAGCCCUUUCAUGAGUUUGGCUCGAGUUGCCGUUGCUGCUAUCAGGAAGCAUAGAGAACCGUUGUCAUUAGGAGGUGAAGAUUAUUAUCAUGGCAUGACAAAACAGGACAGUGCAACAAGUGCUCAUGACCUCACAAAUCCUAGCAAAUUCUUCAGGUUCCUGAACAGAGCAGCUUUGAUCACAGAAGGAGAUAAGAAACCGGACAGAGUUGCUGCUGAGCCAUGGAGACUAUGUACAGUGCAACAAGUAGAAGAUCUCAAAAUCCUGAUAAAGCUUUUUCCAAUAUGGACUACUGGUUUGCUUCUAUGCACCCCACUAGUCAUACAAACCAGUUUAGCAAUCCUCCAGGCCCUGAAAAUGGACCGGCAUUUAGGAUCGAAUUUCAAAAUCCCAGCUGGUUCUGUUAUAGUCUUCACGAUGAUCUCCACGUGCAUAACAAUAACAUUCAUGGACCGAGUCCUAUCCCCCUUGUUGACUAAACGCAUCCGUACUUCUCUGACACCGCUCCAACUGGUUGGGAUAGGACACGUGUUGACGGUCGUCAGCAUGGUCCUAUCCGCCCUGGUAGAGUCAAAGAGGAUAAAAUUGGACAAAUCCCACCACCAAAAUAGUGUUGUGGUGCCAAUGUCAGUCUUCUGGCUGGCACCACAACUAGCUAUUUCAGGUAUCGGGCUAGCUUUUCAUUCUCCAGGAUACGUCGGAUUUUAUUACCAAGAGUUUCCAGGGUCGUUGAAAAGCACGUCUACCGCAGUUGUGGCGGUUUUUAUGGGAGUGGCAUUUUAUCUAGGGAAUGGAGUGAUGGAUUUGGUUCAAAAAGUGACAGGAUGGUUGCCUGAGAAUAUAAAUAAUGGUAGGUUGGAUAAUGUUUUCUGGGUGAUUAGUGUUUUAGGAGCUUUAAACUUUGUGUAUUAUGUUGUAUGUGCUUCAUUGUACGAGUAUAAAAAUGUUGACAAGGAAGUGAAUGAUUCUAUCGACAAAGUAGAUGGAAAUUAG